GUUUUCAAUUAGAUAACCUUGGAUUAGAUGUUACAAGGUUAGAGGGUGUUGAGUUAGGUGGUGCUAGGUUGGAUGGUGCUGGGUUGGACGGUGCUGGGUUAGACAGUGUUGAAUUAAGUA